AGCAAAGCACGUGUGAAGUGUUUUCUUACUCUGACUCCAGCUCCUCAGAGAGGCCAAGCACCUCCCAGACUCCACAACCUCAUCCAUCCUGCACUCCAGACAAUGCAUUGUCUCUUUUAGCUGCUCUGAAAUCUCGCAUAGUCUACAUAACUUACUUUCUUUCUUUCUUUUUGAAUUCCUGCUUUUUCGUCAUGAAGGAGAGCUGCUGAAACGGCAAGAUUUUUCAGUGUGUCUUUGACGGUCGAAGGCCCAUCCAUUAAGGAGCUGAGGGACGUGCUUUGGGGUGGUAGCCAUCAUGGCCUCUCAGGAACUAGCAAGAGAUAUGUGAAAAAACCACAGAAGAUCAAAAUGAACCCUGUAAGAAAAGACAUGGAGUUGCUGAGCAACAGUAUGGCAACAUACGCUCACAUAAAAGACAACCUGGGGAGCUUUGCUCUCUUCUUCAUGAUGGGCGUUUGUUUUGGCCUACUCUUGGCCCUCUGCCUGCUCGUAAUGAACUUCGCCUGCAAGCCACCCCCCGUGUCGGCUUCACCCUCUGACAAGAGACGCCUGAGAGAGUCAAGCGAGGAGGACGAAGAGGAAGAGGAAGAUGAUGUGAGCGAGGAGGAGGCGGAGGAGGAGGGAGACGAGGAGGAGUCAGAAGUGCCCAAGGUUUCUGUGGCAGCCAUGAGUGAUCACAGCCAAUCAAACGGCACGCUGAGGAGCGUUAAUGUGUUUGCCUCAGCCGAGGAGCUGGAGCGUGCUCGUCGUUUAGAGGAGAGGGAACGCAUUGUGAGAGAGAUCUGGAGAAACGGACAGCCAGACAUUUUAUCCACAGGCACCGGCACGCUCGGACGGGUACACUACCACUAGCGGUCGGCUCACUGGGUUAUUACAGACAUAAAACUCUUUUUUUUUUAGGAACUGAAACUGUACUAUGACUUUAACAAUGCAUACAUUGACAAAAGGAAACUUAAAACUAUCAAAUGAAGUAAAUGUAGUUUCUUUUAUUUUGCACUCAAGUUUAAAUG